AUGGCAAGAAGCAAAGUCAAAAAAGUUAAGCCAAGAAAAAAGAAACCCUUAAAAUUGGAUAAGCAAUUUAAUUGCCCCUUUUGUAGCUACAAAAAAUCUGUUGAUAUUAAAUUACACAGAUCCAAAGGCAUUGGAGAACUAAUUUGCUUAAAAUGUGGAGUCAAGUAUGUAAACCAAAUUACCAACUUGGAUGAAUGUAUUGACGUAUAUAGUGAAUGGGUUGAUAAAUGUUUAGAUGCAAAUAAGAAAGGGUGUAACGAGUUUUUUUUCAAUGAUGAUUUAGGGACUCUAAACAAUAUGGAUGAAUAA